AUGAGGAUUCUACUCGAUGACACCGACGUUUUUGUUCUGCUUGUACACUUUUACAGAAAGCUAAAUCUUAAAUGCGCUAUGUGGAUGGAGUCUGUUGACAAGGCCAAACUCUCAGAUAUACCAGCAACAGUUUAUAAUCUGGGAACCCAACUAAACUCAUUGUUAGCAGUGCAUUGUCUCACUGGCUGUGAUAGCACUUCACAAUUUUUUGGAAUUGGAAAGUAUAAAGCUGUACAAGCUCUGAGAUCUGGUAUUGAAAUUGAACAUUUAGGUUUGGUAGAAACUUCAAUGCGACAAUGUAUAGCAGAGUGUACAAGCAUUAUUGCAUGCUGCUACGGCUACAAGAAGGAAGUUCACAACAUGUCAGAUGUUCGAUACAAGGUGUGGUUAUCUAAAAAAAUUCCUCCUAAAAUUAAGAAACUCCCUCCUUCAACAGAGGCAUUUGAACUACAUAUAAAACGAUGCCAUUGCAAUCUUGCAUUUGGAACGCAGCAGCAUCUCCGUUCCCUCCACCUUUGA